AUGACAGAUUCUGUAAAAGACAAAAAAUUGAUGGCACACCCUAAUAAAUAGAGAAUCUUUACAAAUAUAGGAGCAUUUAAGAUUGGCAGGAUACUUCUCGGUAUUUGCGCACUCUUGACAUGCUUUUCUAUGUUCACUGAUGUCCAAAUAUUGAAAUACCAAACUAAUCUGGCUUACAUUGAUUAAAAAGUUUUAAAUGGAUCUUUUGCAAAGAUUGGUGGAGGAAACUUAGAUUUAUACUUGUACUUCAUAAUGUUAAUUAGAUCUCUGUUCAUCAUAGCAGCAAUCUUUAUUAUAUUCUUCAAUUUCAGAUGUUUUGGAUCAUGCACUUUAUUACUGUCCUAGGGAUUAGUCAUGCUCAUUGAUAAUGCUAGCAUUUGCCCAUCAGAAUUCGGUUAAAAUCCAUCAUACAGAAAUGAAAAGAUUAACAAUAUUGCUAGUUAAUUCGCUAUGAUUGGGGCAGUUCUUAUUUACUUAACAGAUAAAGGUAAACCAUAGCAAAAUGCCUGA